UGAAGUGCGCGUGUGCGAGAGCGCGCGCACGUGUGCGCGUGUAUUAGUCCCAACUUAUAGUUCCCAGCACAAGUUUCUAUCUGAGGAGCUCACAAACUCCGCGUGGAUUCUUUUUUUUUUAAUUCGCUGGCUGACUUUCAACUUCUUCCGGCUCUUUUUUUUGUGUGUCUUCCCCUCCCUUUAAUCCCCCGCCGGUGCAAGGUGACCAUGGCCGCCGUCCCGGCUGCUCUCCUCCCGCCGAACGCCCUCGUGCUGCCGCCGCCGCCGAUGAUGUCCGCUCCCAGCUGCACCGCGUCCCCGACGUCCGUCACCUCCUCGCCGUCACCGCUGCCUCCUCCGCCGCCGCCGCCGCUCUCGCUGCCGCCGCCUCUCCCCCAGCAGCAGCAGCAGCAGCAGCAAGCGCUCUUCCGGUCCGAGCUACUCGCCGCCGGCAGCCCGGGCAUCCCCACGCCGGGCAAGCCCGUCUACUCCACGCCGUCGCCCGUGGAGAACAUCCCGCAGAACAACGAGUGCAAGAUGGUGGAGCUCCGCGGCGCCAAGGUGGCCUCGUUCACCGUGGACGGCUGCGAGCUCAUCUGCCUGCCGCAGGCGUUCGACCUGUUCCUCAAGCACCUGGUGGGCGGCCUCCACACCGUCUACACCAAGCUCAAGCGGCUGGAGAUCACGCCGGUGGUGUGCAACGUGGAGCAGGUCCGCAUCCUCCGCGGGCUCGGCGCCAUCCAGCCCGGCGUCAACCGCUGCAAGCUCAUCUCCAGGAAGGACUUCGAGACGCUCUACAACGACUGCACCAACGCCAGCUCCAGACCCGGACGACCCCCGAAGAGAACCCAGAGCGUGACAUCGCCGGAGAACCCUCACAUCAUGCCGCACACUGUCCCCGGUCUCAUGUCCCCCGGCAUGAUGCCACCCACAGGUCUGACGGCGGCGGCGGCGGCGGCUGCCAACGCGGCCAUCGCCGAGGCCAUGAAGGUGAAGAAGAUCAAGCUGGAGGCCAUGGGCGGCUACCACGCCGGCGCCAACCACCACGGGGCUGACGGUGAGAACGGAGACCUCGGCUCCAGCGUGGGCCUGGAGCUCCCCUUCAUGAUGAUGCCCCACCCCCUGAUCCCCGUCAGCCUGCCGCCGGCCUCCGUCACCAUGGCGAUGAGCCAGAUGAACCACCUCAGCACCAUCGCCAACAUGGCCGCCGCCGCCCACAGCCAGAGCCUGCCCUCGAGGAUGGUCACCUCUGUCAUCAAGGGUUUGCAGGAGCGGAUCCCGGACAGUCCCUCCCCCGCCCCGUCCUUGGAGGACCACAGGAGGCCCGGCAGCCACCCGUCGUCCCACCGCAGCAGCAGCGUGUCCAGCUCGCCGGCCCACACAGAAAGCUCCUCGGACAGAAUACCGCCACACCACAACGGCCUGUCCAUGAACCAGGUCCUGCUGGGCUUGUCCCCCAACAUGCCGCCGGGGCCUAAAGAGGGAGACCUGGCGCACGACAUGAGCCACGAGCUGAAAAGGAUGCACGCUGAAAAAGAUGAUAACCUCAUGUGCACGCCCACAGCCAGAGAUAGCUACGAGCGCUUGUCACUGGCCGGGCAGACUCUCCCUCCAGGCUUCCCCUCGCCAUUUCUCUUCCCAGACGGACUGUCGUCAAUAGAGACGCUCCUUACCAACAUUCAGGGCCUGCUGAAGGUGGCCAUCGACAACGCCCGGGCUCAGGAGAAGCAGGUCCAGCUGGAGAAGACGGAGCUGAAGAUGGAGCUGUUCCGCGAGCGGGAACUCCGGGAGACUCUGGAGAAGCAGCUGGCCAUGGAGCAGAAGAACAGAGCCAUCAUCCAGAAGCGCCUGAAGAAGGAGAAGAAGGCAAAGAGGAAACUGCAAGAAGCUCUGGAAUACGAAUCCAAGAGGAGAGAGCAGAUGGAGCAGACUUUCAAGCAGCCGUCACCGGCCGACAGCAUGCGCUCGCUCAACGACGCUCUGACCCCUGAGAUGGAGAGCGAGCGCAGCGGUGGAAGAACAGAUGCUGAAAGGACAAUACAAGAUGGAAGACUCUUCCUGAAAACGGCAGUGAUGUACUGAGCUGCAAGGCGGGAAUAUCAGAGGGAAACGGGAGGGAAAAAAACAAAAAGAAGAUUGAAAAGAGGACAACCCCGUGAAGAUUGGCCAGAGUCCGUUUCCAUGGCGACAAGACGGCGAAAGGUUUUUUCGGGAAUGUAGAAGAAGAAGAAGAAGAAGAAUUGUCGGCCUGGCAGCCUCUCAUCCACCCAGCGAGCGAGCGACCUUUUGGAUCAUCCGCACCGGAAUUCUUUUGUACUUCAAAUUGAAUUUUUCCAAGAAGAAAAUCAACAAAUUGUGCUGGCGGGAAGUUUUCUAAAUUCGAUACAAUCAAGUUUCCUUCCCGCCAUGCGUUGUACAUAGGAUGCUAACAAUGCUACGCUCGCUAAGUGUACAUAUAGAAGUAGACGCUAUUAGGCAAACCUGUUCUAUUAUUAUUAUUAUUAUUAUUAUUAUUAUUAAUACACCUUCUCAUUCUUCUCUUCCUGAGCCGUCAUUCUUUCCUAUAGCGCCCACUACUGGUGAGGAAGCAUGCAGGCAUGAUGUAAAUGUUUGUCCUGGAGUCGUGAUAUUUAACCAUAAAAUCCUAUAUUGUGUUUCUCCUUUUUAUAUUUCUUUGUUGGGGGGGGCCGGGGGCCGGGGGCCGGACCACAACAAAACCAGAACCCAGUUGAAGACUUUGUCCUCUGUAGUCUUUGGAACAGAUUUCAUGUACAGCCCCUUCAAAUCGGCACUUUUUUUCUUUGUUUUGUUAAAGAAAAAGAAGAACAAUCAUAUUUGUGCAACAAGAUGUUUUAUUUUUUGCCCUUUAUGGUCCCACGGGACAAAAAAAAAAAAGUUUUUCCAGUUUUUAGCUUCACCUUAAAGACUUUUGAACUUGUGUAUAUUCUUAUUAUUAACAGUCUUUCCACUGAGACCAGUUUGUGGGGGGCUUGGAAAUGGUUUUGAGUGAAAAUGUUUAAAUCAAAAGAAGAAAAAACUCAGAUGUUGAAAGAUGUGGGUGGCUUGGGGGCUCGGUUUAGGGGGGGUGGCGUCCUUUAUGGACUGUUUUAAAACAGUUUAAGGCAUACUCUAUGCUUUCAAAUCAUAUAAAGACCCUCUUAUGUUCACAGAAUUUUGUGGAGUUUUGGAGGUGGGUGGCAUAGGGGCCCCGGUUUGGGGCGUGGCGUCCUUAAUGGAGUGUUUUGAAACGGUUUAAGGCAUACUGUAUCCUAAAAAUAAAACCUUAUAUUCACAGAAUCCUGUGAGGUUUUGGAGGUGGGUGACUUGGGUGCCCCGGUUUGGGGGGUUGCAGUCCUUAAUGGAUUGUUUCGAAAAGGUUUAAAGCAUAC